CAACACUGUAAUACAAUAAACAAAAACAAAAAAGUUUUAUUUAUAAUUAUGCUGUUUGAAAGAUACUUCACAUUGAGACAUGGUUAAUGUUUUCUGGCCCUGUGGUUGACGAUGGCGCCCCCCUGUGGUGUGCAGGGUGCAUGGCGGAGAGGCUGAAGAAGCAGCUACCAGAGCGGGAGAAGCUGGUGGACGUGCUGGCCGGGCUGUCAUUCUUGUUGCAUGUGUCUCAGUCUGUUGCUGACCCUUGCAGGUGCUGCAGCUCAUCCAGGAGAGACACAGCAUCUGCAAGCAGCUCCACAUCCCAGCCCAGAGUGGCAGCACCCACAUCCUGCAGGCGAUGCGCAGGGGGUAAGGAAUUCAGGGAAGCACAGAAUCAAUCAGCACCCCUGAAUGAAACACAACUGCACAAGUUAUACUGUCCCACUCUUUUGACAAAUGUGCAAGCAAUAUUGGACAGGGUGUUCUGGACUAAGGACAGUGUUCAUGUUGUUGUUGCUAUUGUGAUACUUGUUGUUUAAGUGUUGUCCACUAGAGAGAGCUCUCUCCCUGUAUGUUAAAUGGACAGUUUAGUUUACAUGUCAAUGUUAAACCCUGCGUUGUUUCUUUGCAGCUACACCAGAGAAGCUUACCUGGAGCUUAUGGAUCACAUCCGGAGUGUUAUUCCAGGUACAGGUUUUUGAAUCGGCCAGGAACCCUCAUUAAAGGUACAGGUUGUGCUAAUGAUGAUUAAUUCUUCUUAAAUGAACUACAUAUCAUGCAUGCUAACCUGCUACUGGAUAGUGUGGCUUGAGCGACACUCUGAAUUGUCCUGUUGUGUUUCAGAGGUGUGUCUGAGCCGUGCUUUUAUUGCUGGGUUCUGUGGAGAGACAGAGGAAGAUCACCUCCAGAUUGUCUCUCUUCUCCGAGAGGUCCGGUACAAUGUGGGGUUCCUCUUCGCCUACAGCAUGAGAAAGAAGACCCACGCAUAUCACUGUCUCCAAGACGACGUUCCAGGGGAAGUGAAACAGCUGAUCCGAGUGUUCAGAGAGGAGGCUGCUAGCCUGAACUUGGGGUGGCUAGAGGUCUGUAGUGGAGCUCUCUGGGAGGAAUGACGGCAACGUCAAAGUGAUCUUCCCCGACCUGGAAGACUCCACAGGCUGCGCGUCCAGAGGCACUGCUGGGAUCAAACCAGGAGACUACGCGCGGGUCAAGGUAAAGCAGGGACAUUGCACUGCUCCUAUAUUAUUAAGCAGGUUGACACUUGUUUACAGGAGUGCCCAGGGGAGGCAGCAAGCACAACAGCAUUCAUCGGACAUGAUCAAGAAACA